GGUGGAUGGAUGGAUGGUGUUGAGAUUCAAAAGAGAUAAAUAACUUGUCAGGAUCACCAAGUUUUGAGUAACAGAAUUGACAAUAGAGUCAGUCCCCAAAUUCAGUGGUAAGGUGUUUGUCCAACACUGUUCCACAUCCCAGUCCAUGGUUUUGCUUUGAUCUUUUUGUGGAAGUAUUAGUAAUAAAACAUCCAAUUUUAAGAAUUAGACCAAAAGUUCCAUAUCUGAUUGUAAUACCUCUUGUUUUUGCACGUUUAGAAAUACAUGUUUGGGAAAGAGGCAUGGUGGGCUUUUCCUACAGCAUUCUUCAAAUUUCAUAAAUAAUUUGAAAGGAGACAUUGCCACUUUGGGACAUUUGUGCCACACAACUUAAAACAUCUGCAAAUACAUUGGAAAUAUUGAUCGUUCCAACUCUGAAAAUCAGAAUUCUCUUAACGGAAGCAUGCACUUAAGUCUUGCUGUGUCAGCAGUUUUGUGUUUGCGUUUUGCCUUUAUUUUGAGUGAAGAGUGGGCUAGGAAUGUGAUGUUAAAAGUAAGAGAUUAAGCCCAGGGAUGAAAUGGUUACCCCACUAGAGGGGUGGUUCUGGCUUUCUCAGGCUACAGUGUAACAAAAGCACGAUGUUGUCAACCUGAGCUAGGGCUGAUUAGCUUCAUUUGAAUCUGAAAGGGAGCCCACAUCCUUCCUGUUGCCACGCUAAGAUGCUGAAAAGAACUCACAGAGAAAACAGAUGGACUAAUGUGUUGUUUCCCAGACGUCCUGUCCCCAGUGCCCCCAAAACAGUGCAAUAAUUGGGAAUGAGGUUGAACGAGAAAAGAACAAAGGAAUGAAAGUAUAAAAUGCUGAGGAAAAGCCAGCCAGCUAUUCCUUUUAAUCUGCUUCUCUUGCUCUUUUUCAAAUGUGGUUCUGUAGAUAGUGGCAAAGGGAAAGAAACGCAGGGUCAUUUUUUCCGUUUCCAAGUCAAAUUGUUAUCUUGCACAAUAGGCCCACGGAGACUUGCUCUCUUUCAUGGGUUGGCCAACUUCCACCCCACCAAUUUCAAAAGUGAAGGUGGCCAAUCUAUCCUUUUGUUGUUCUGUGAUUUUGGAGCCUUUUUCUUGCUUUUUAAGAUAAGUUCCUCCAAAAUCUGGAAUGGCUGAAGCACAUGUCAUUUAUUUUCAGCAAUUCGGUCAAAAUUUCCAAUUUGCCUUCAAUGUUAGUUAAAAAAAAAAAAAAAAAGAUACAAAUUCCAGUGGCAUGAUAUGGAUAGACGAAAAAAAGAAAGGAAGGAAGGAAAUAAAGGAAGAAAGAAGAGAGGAGGAGGGGGAAGAGCCUGCAUGUCUAACAUUCCUUUUGUCACCAAGUAUUUCUUGGGUUACCUGUAGAACAGACAAGAUUCAUCAGUGUUAGUGCUGUCAGGGUCAUGUUGCGGAAAAGUCACGACUGAAGGAAUCUGGAACCAUGUAAAUACAGGCCGGGUCUGCUUCCAAAUGGGCAAGUGUCUUAGUGGCAACUGAACACCCUGUCACUGUAUGUUCAGAAGUUAAAGGCAUCAGGUUUAAGUUAGUUAUACCAGGGCAAUCAUACAAAAUGGAGAUGUAAAUUCUAGAGUUCUUUCUAGGGGAGAUCAUGCGUUACUUCUGGAGGUCUUCACAAUAAGUAAGAUUUCCAUCCCUACAGUGUGGGCAUUUAUUCCUACAAUUUCUUAAUUCCAAAUUUGUUUCCACACAUAUAUUUUGAGCAUAUGUUUGCUUAAAAUAUUCACAGGGUCAUGAAUGCUAUUUAUCUUUCAUUGUACUGAGACUUUACCCUAUUAGUUAUAAUUGAGUUAUCUAAAUUGAAAUUUUUUGCCUUUUAAGGAAAAACUGGAAUCAUCUAAAAAAGUGUAUAAUUUGCCUGAGAAAUGCAGAAUGGCUUCCAGCAGAUUCUUAGAUGCUUUGAAAAUAAAAAGAAAUAGGGCAGAACCUGAACUAAAAGAAUAACUGGUUCUCUUUGCCCUCUCCUGGGAUAUGUUAUAAGAUGUUGGGUUCGCCUUUUAGUGUUUGUUGGGUUAUUAAGGAGCUCUUAAGUUUUUCCAUGUUAGGACUCCAGUCUUGUCAUAUAAAACCCACUUAUUGGGGUGCACAGGCAAAUGGCAUCAUCCCUCCUGUAGGGUGGCCCAGUCUGUCUAUUGUAAACUUGAUUAUUAUUGCCAUUACAUUUUAGCUGUGGCUCCAGAAAGACAGUCAAAGUUGUGUCUCUUGUGAAAGAGCAGCAGACAACAUUGGCGCUGCAAAUAUUUGGGGUUUAUUAUCACUAUUAUUCACCUUCACCCAUGAGUUACCAAACCCUUAGGAAUUUGCCACACACUCCAACUGUGAGCCCUAAAAGAAAUAACUCAGGAUGAUCCGAAUGAACCAUUGCAGAGGCUAGCACCAGCAAGAGUGAACGGCUUACAUGAGGUCACCAGUGGGUGGAGCAGAACAACAGGGCACAUGUUUGCCUUUUCAAUUAUUCUGUUCACCUGUUGGGAAAUAUAUUCAUUGCAGAUGGUUUACAACUUUUGAUCAGAUGCACCACAUUUUCCACUUGGGUUAAUCUUUUCAAUUACCAAGUAUGUUACCAGCACUGUCGAUAGAUGCAAAUGACAAAAGCAGGCAACACAGGUAAUUUUAAAUUUUCUAGUAGCCAUGAUGAAAAAGCAGAAGGAAACACAUGAAAGUAAUUGUCCCGCUAUCUUUUACUUAAGAUGAGGUAUCCGAAACCAUUGUCAUUUCAACAUGCAGUCAAUAUUUCAAAAUUUAUUAAUGACAUAUUUUACAUCCUUUUAUUCAUACUGAGCCUUUGAGAUCUGGCUAUGUACUUUACGCUUACAUUCACAUCUCAGAUUGGACCGAUCACAUGUGGUUAGAGAUCACAUACCACAUUGGAAAGCACAGGUGUAUAUAGCUGUGUACAGGUGUAACACAGGUGUAUACCUGUUGAGAGGCCCAAGCUUUGCACCAAGCCACAGGCCCCUAGCCCUUGAAGUUGUAAGUAUCUCUGAGCCUAGUUCACAUUCCCUUGGAGUUUUUGCUCUUGAUAUGCCAUGCUUGUCUCCUGAAAACCCAGAGAGGUAAGCAAGCACAAACUGCUGUAAAAUGAGUGUGUCUAUUGAAAACAUGGUCCAGCUCUUGCUAAGAUAGUGUUACUGUGUGAUAUACGAUUCCUGCCUUCCUCUGAUUCCAUGAAAUUCUGCAUUUCCUUAAUGUCAGAAGUUCCCUUACCAGCUGCAGCUGUUUCCUGUGGAUAAUGUUCUAAAUGGCUUUUAUUUAUGAGAUGUCUUGUGCUGUAACUGCUAUCAGAAUGAAUAUGUAUUCCAAAGCCUGCACCCCAAGUCAGUCUAAUUAACGAUCUUCUAAGAAAUGAUUGUUUAACUUGAGCUGUAGCUCUCCACAGUGAUAUCUCUCACUUUGACCUAAUUAUGAAACUUAAUGUUAAAAUAUGUAAGGAGGGAGAUCAAAGAAGAGGAUCAUUUUGCUUUCUGUUUGUUCAGCAUCAUCUUUCACAUCUUCCAACCCCCACCGCCAACCAGACAGGCAAAGGCAACACACGGAAUAGUAAUGAAUGACUGUAGAAGCUGAGGCUAUGUCUUAUUUUCCUCCCCAUUGAAGUAGGAAUAAUAAUAGCUCCUACCUCAAAGGCUUGCGAGAAUGAAGCGUGAAGCCCCAUAUCUGACACGUGGUUAGUGUUCAACAAAAAUGAUAGCUGGGAUUAUUUACUUCGCAAUUGCUUCAGAAAAAUGGUUGGGCAAAAUAGAAAGCAAGAAGGUGUGUCUAGUCUGAAAAAUGGAAAGGGAGCCUGCCAGCUUUUUGUAGGACAUUAUCCACAUGAUUCUUGGAAUCAAACCAGGCUCCACCCAGAGCUGAGAGCUUUCUGCUUCCAGUGUGUUUUCAGCACGACUGCAAACCAGCAUCGCUUCCAGUGUCGAUGGGAAUGUUGGAGCCAAAACGACGAGUCCAUUUCAAAGGACAGGCAUUGUAUAGCGACGGGAGGGAGGAGCUGACCCAAAUGGAAUUUAGAUAAUGGGCUGUGUGCAAUGUAAGGAUAAAGAAGCAACAAAACUGACGGAGGAGAGGGAUGGCAGCCUGAACCAGAGCUCCGGGUACCGCUAUGGCACAGACCCCACUCCUCAGCACUACCCCAGCUUCGGCGUGACCUCCAUCCCGAACUACAACAACUUCCAUGCAGCCGGGGGCCAAGGACUCACUGUCUUUGGGGGUGUGAACUCUUCAUCUCACACUGGGACCUUGCGUACCAGGGGAGGAACGGGAGUGACCCUGUUUGUAGCCCUUUAUGACUAUGAAGCACGGACGGAAGAUGACCUGAGUUUUCACAAAGGAGAAAAAUUCCAAAUAUUGAACAGCUCGGAAGGAGAUUGGUGGGAAGCCCGCUCCUUGACCACCGGAGAGACUGGUUACAUUCCCAGCAAUUAUGUGGCUCCAGUUGACUCUAUCCAGGCAGAAGAGUGGUACUUUGGAAAACUUGGCCGAAAAGAUGCUGAGCGACAGCUUUUGUCCUUUGGAAACCCAAGAGGUACCUUUCUUAUCCGUGAGAGUGAAACCACCAAAGGUGCCUAUUCACUGUCGAUCCGAGAUUGGGAUGAUAUGAAAGGAGACCAUGUCAAACAUUAUAAAAUUCGCAAACUUGACAAUGGUGGAUACUAUAUUACCACCCGGGCCCAGUUUGAAACACUUCAGCAGCUUGUACAACAUUACUCAGAGAGAGCCGCAGGCCUCUGCUGCCGCCUCGUAGUUCCCUGUCAUAAAGGGAUGCCAAGGCUUACCGAUCUGUCUGUCAAAACCAAAGAUGUCUGGGAAAUCCCUCGAGAAUCCCUGCAGUUGAUCAAGAGACUGGGAAAUGGGCAGUUUGGGGAAGUAUGGAUGGGUACCUGGAAUGGAAACACAAAAGUAGCCAUAAAGACUCUUAAACCAGGCACAAUGUCCCCCGAGUCAUUCCUUGAGGAGGCACAGAUCAUGAAGAAGUUGAAACAUGACAAGUUGGUCCAGCUCUACGCAGUGGUGUCCGAGGAGCCCAUCUACAUUGUCACCGAGUACAUGAAUAAAGGAAGUUUACUUGAUUUCUUAAAAGAUGGGGAAGGAAGAGCUCUGAAAUUACCAAAUCUUGUGGAUAUGGCCGCACAGGUUGCUGCAGGAAUGGCUUACAUCGAGCGCAUGAAUUAUAUCCACAGGGAUCUGCGGUCAGCAAACAUCCUAGUGGGGAACGGACUCAUAUGCAAGAUUGCUGACUUUGGACUAGCCAGAUUGAUCGAAGACAAUGAGUACACAGCACGACAAGGUGCAAAGUUCCCCAUUAAGUGGACGGCCCCCGAAGCAGCCCUGUACGGGAGGUUCACGAUCAAGUCUGACGUAUGGUCUUUCGGAAUCUUACUCACAGAGCUGGUCACCAAAGGAAGAGUGCCAUACCCAGGCAUGAACAACCGGGAGGUGCUGGAGCAGGUGGAGCGCGGCUACAGGAUGCCCUGUCCGCAGGACUGCCCCAUCUCUCUCCACGAGCUCAUGAUCCACUGCUGGAAAAAGGACCCGGAGGAGCGGCCCACUUUCGAGUACUUGCAGGGCUUCCUGGAAGACUACUUCACCGCCACAGAGCCCCAGUACCAGCCUGGUGAAAACCUGUGAGACCUGGGUCUGCAGAGAGAGGCCUUAUCCAAGAGGCUUCCCCGCCCCCUCCCCAUUAGCUUUCAGUUCCGUAGCCGGCUGCUGCCUGAGCAGUGAGAGCCGUCCUGGAUCAGAUUGCAUGUGACUCUGAAGCUGACGAACUUCCAUGGCCCUCAUUAAUGACACUUGUCCCCAAAUCCGAACCUCCUCUGUGAAGCAUACGAGACAGAACCUUGUUAUUUCUCAGACUUUGGAAAAUGCAUUGUAUUGAUGUUAUGUAAAAGGCCAAACCUCUGUUCAGUGUAAAUAGUUACUCCAGUGCCAACAAUCCUAGUGCUUUCCUUUUUUUAAAAUGCAAAUCCUAUGUGAUUUUAACUGUCUUCACCUGAUUCAACUAAAAAAAAAGUAUUAUUUUCCAAAAGUGGCCUCUUUGUCUAAAACAAUAAAAUUUUUUUUCAUGUUUUAACAAAAACCAAUCAGGACAGGUGUUUGUUUUUUUUUUUCUUUUUUAUAAAUAUGAAUAUAUAUAUAAUAUAUCUGUCCCUGUACAUACACCACGUGGGUGCUAAUGUGGAGACCAUGGCCAACCCAGGCCAUAAAGCCUCGGGACCCAGAGUGAGGAUUUUACUGCCAAAUCUGCAUAAAAGCCCUGGUAUUACUCUGCACACCAGUGGCAUCCUUUUUGGCUUUUGCAAAGCAUGAUCCUUUUUUCUUUUUAAUUUAGAUUGCACUUUUUUGGUUCAUGAUUGUACCUGUAGAUGGCUGUUACUUUGAUUCUUUUCAAAAGCAGCUCCAGAGCUGGAUUCACAAGUUCUGUUUCCAGUAUUUGCUUUGACUUAACUGCAAUUUGGUCUUGAAACCUAAAAGCGUGUUUAAGCAAGCCAACGGCCAAUACCACCAGGGGAACUGGAAGGUGGAUAACCACACAUACUUCUUGUACAAAAAUAUGAAUGCUGAAAUGUUUCAAACUUUUUUUUUUUUAUUUAAUAAACCUUGUAACCACAUUUAAAUGGUCUAAAACCCAUAGCGUUAUAGUCUUGGCAACCUGCUAAACUUUCUCAUGCAACUAAAACUUGGGGGGGGGGGGGGGUUGUACAUUUCCCAUUGUAAAAUAAGUGUUUUAAACAUCCUGUACUGCUAAUGAAAUGACUUUCUAUAUGUCCGAGAAGUCUCCAGUGGAAUAACUAUGCACUACUUUACAUUUCAUGGGGAUGCACCAAAAAAAAAAAAAAAAAGAAAGAAAAAGGAAAAAAAGGAAAAAAAAAAAAGUACUACAUUUUUAGUUGCUGUUUGUACCAACCUUGAAUUACAUGUUUAACAACAAAUCAAAAAACCUAUUUCUAUUAAGUUUUUAAUACUGGGUAGCAACUCUGAAAUCUUAAUUCCUUUUUUUGUUAUGAUUUAUUUGUGAGUUUACAUUUUUAAAUUGUUUAACUUUCUUAAUUUAGUAAUUAAAAAGAGAGCAUUUUACAUUUGAA